AUGGCUGUUCCAGGACGUGAAGUUGAUCUAUCUACGCUCGCCCGCCACCUCGCGGAGCAUGGUCCGCACAAAACGCUUCCCACAGAAAGACGCGUCAGAAUUCUGAUAAACGGCGCAUGCAUCGCGGACACGCUCGGUACAGCAGGUGCCCUAUUCGUAUGGGAACACCCAUACUACCCACAACUCUACUUUCCCAAGGAUGCUCUGGUGAAAAACGUCCAAGGCUAUGGGAUCAUCUAUGAAGAUCAUCAAGAUGUCAAAGACUCUAACAACAACACCAUUGCAACCACACUAAAAGUCAAGGUCCAGCGAAAAUCAGACAACAACAUGAAAGAAGUCAAAGACGGCUUCGUGGUCUUCAGCAAAGAUCUCUCUGGUAAAGCAAACCCACUCAGCAAUAUGCUCAAAGUAAACUUCAGCGCUGCAGGUAAGUGCUCUUACCUCUACUCCAGGUCUCUACACAGUCCUGAUGGUCAUCUCUCAGACCAAUGGCUCGAAGAAGAUACCCCAAUCUUCGUACACCCAAAAGACCCCUUCAAACGCAUCGAUAUCCUCCACUCUUCUCGCAGCCUCCGUGUCUCCAUCAAAGGCACCGUCAUCGCUGAAUCACCCACUUGUAUGCAACUCUACGAGUCCGGUCUGCCAGUACGGUACUACAUUCCCCUAACCUCCAUCUCCACUGCUGUACUCAGAGCCAGCAAGACAACAACACAGUGUCCCUACAAAGGAGAAGCAGAGUACUAUGAUGUAGUGAUAGAUGGCGAAACCCACAAAGACAUUGUGUGGUUCUACACUCGACCGACCUUGGAAUGCGGUACUAUUGCAGGAUUGUGUUGUUUCUACAAUGAAAAAGUUGAUUUGGAGCUCAAGAAUGGUGAUAGUUGGGAAAAGCUUGGUCGGAUGAAGACUAUCUUCAGUUGA